CUUUCCCAUAGCUGGCCAGAGGAGAAGGUGUGUUCUCUGGUUUCUUGCCUUCGCUGCAUGGAGAGUCCGCACGCCACUGAGUGAUCCACGUCCAUCAGUUUAGGGAAAAUGGCCAGCUCCUACAUCCUGUGGCUGGCCGCGGUCUGCCUUCUGACCCCGGCAGCUACUCAGCAACCAGGUUACAGAAAUAAUUCCUCCAGGGCGAGCCUGGACUGUGACGCCUCGGGUGGAAACUGCAUCGAUCCCUGCAAUGCUCACUCGGUCCUGGAUGACCCCACCCGGAGCACAGAGGUCGAGGCCGGUGAUGAGCCAAAGUGUGAUAAGGACCUGAUCGGCUGGUACCGUUUCAUGGGUGCCGGGGGCGUGAGGCUGCCGGAGACCUGUGUCCCGAUGUUCCAGUGCGACACCCUCGCCCCCAUGUGGCUGAAUGGGCAACACCCCACCGUGAACGAGGGCAUCGUCAGCCGCAAGACGUGUGCCCACUGGAGUAACAACUGCUGCCUGUGGGAGCGUGAGGUGCAGGUGAAGGCCUGCUCCGGCGGCUACUACGUGUACAAGCUGCAGGGCACGCCAGACUGUGACCUGCGGUACUGCACAGACCCUUCGACUGCACAGAACAAGUGUGACGAGGUUUGCCGUCCGGAAGAGGAGUGUCGCUACGAGAACGGCAGAUGGGGCUGUUUCUGCCGGCAGGGCCUCAACAUCACGGACGUCCAUACUUUGCGACACAAGCUCAGCUGCGGGCAGCAGGAGAUGAAGGUGUCCCUGGACAGUUGUCAGCUGGGAGGUUUGGGCUUUACGGACGAAGUCAGUGCCUUUCUGAAGGACCGUAACUGCAACGGUAACAUGCAGAGGGAGGAGGACAACUGGGUGUCGAUGACCAUCCCCACCCAGGCUACGGCCUGUGGGAACAUUCUGGAGAACAAUGGAACCCAUGCUGUCUACAAGAACACCCUCUCUUUGGCCAACGAUCUAAUCAUCAGAGACAAUGUCCUCAGCGUCAACUUCCAGUGCUCCUACCCACUGGACAUGGAGGCCAGCCUCGGAACAGCCCUGCAGCCCAUUGUCAGCACUGUGAGCAUCAACGCGAGCGGGAACGGAGAAUUCACCGUCAGAAUGGCCGCCUUCCAGGACCCCAACUACAGAGUUCCCUACGAGGGGGACAGGGUCGUGCUGCCCGUGGAGUCCAUGCUCUACGUGGGUGCCAUGCUGGAGAGCGGGGACACCUCCCGCUUCAAGCUACUGCUGAGGAACUGCUAUGCCACUCCCUCCCGAGACAAGAACGACCCCGUGAAAUAUUUCAUCAUCAAAAAUAAAUGCCCAAAUCAGUUUGAUCCGACAGUCUCCGUGGUGGAGAACGGGGUGUCUGCGAACAGCCGCUUCUCAGUUCAGAUGUUCAUGUUCGCUGGGGACAGUGACCUGGUGUUCCUGCAUUGUGAGGCCUAUCUCUGCGACCCCCUGAAUGAACAGUGCGUGCCUACCUGCUACAGAAACCAGUUCCGCAGCGCAGUGGAGGCUUUCAACCCAGAUCGGGUGCUAGACUUGGGACCCAUUGCUCGGAAAGGUGGUUCACCCGUUGAUGUCACAAGCGGAUCCCCCGGCACUACAGGGUUCCUGGCGGCCUGGCUCGUCCUGCUCCUGCCAGUGCUCCUGGCUGCUGCCCUAUGCUGACAGCCCAGCUGCCCUCCAGCAUGGAUGCUCCACACUGACCCCCCUGAAGGACCCCCGGGGCCCCCCUCAGCUUGGCCCAGGGCUCCGCGCCUCCCUCUUGCCCUCCAGCCUCCGUCUGUCUGUCUGCCUCUCCUCGGGAUUCCCCGCUGCCUCCCCUCA